GGAUUGCAAGUCCAAGAUGGUGCAUGGCAUGGUCAAGCUUGCUUUCAUUUACAGCACAUGCCUGGUGCUGGUACAGAGAGUCGAGGCUGCCGAUCCCGAUCCUCUGGUGGACUUUUCAGCAAACGCUACUACACCAGUCUUCCGCAACAUCUUUGCCAAUGGAGAUGUAACGACUGGAUCUGGAGGAGUUCGAGCAGCUCUCGACAUCGGAAAAUUUCCCGGCCUUACGUCCGAGGGUCUGACCGUUGUUCAGUUCAAGAUGGUACCCUGCGGAGAGAACGUGCCACACACCCACCCUCGUGCCACAGAGCUCCUUUCCUUGAUCAGUGGAGGUCCCCUACAAGCUGGCUUCGUUGAUACAAAAGGGGAAACUCAUAUAAACAUUCUGUACCCAGGAGAUCUCAUCGUCUUUCCUCGCGGUUUGCUACAUUUUGAAGUAAAUGUUGGUACAGAAUUAGCUUUCUACAUUUCUGCUAUGAACAGCCAAAAUCCAGGCACUUUGGAUGCUGAUGGAGCGGUUUUGCAAUUGCCGGAGCGUGCAGCUGCUAUAGCUCUCAAUAUUGAUAUUGCAGCGGUUCGAGCCCUGAAAUCACAGAGACCUUACAACGAGCCCCCGACUCUGGAGGCUGCCAAGCCAGGAGUAUGUGUGCCCGGCCAGUUGAUUACCACCACCGUCUGACAAGAUGUAGAGUGAAUGGGCAGUACGAUACAGAGGCCGUCACCUCUUUAGAGCUGAGAUCUUAUAAAACCUUAAGCUAUGUUUGUGCAAUAA